AUGGAGAAAAUCAUCUACGACUUCUACUCUGAUCUCUUCGACAGCCAUGUCCACUUGCCUCCUCACCAUCUGAGGGAAGAUGGACAAGUCAUUCCAGAGAAUAAGGCGAGAACAUCUGAUGAACCUUCCGCCAGUACUCAUCAACACCAGUGGAAGACCAGCAAGACCGUAUUGUUGUAUAAAAAGGGAGAUCCACAUGACAUCGGCAACUAUCGUCCAAUCUGCUUACUGUCCGUCAUCUACAAGCUCUUUACAAGAGUGAUCCUUAAUAGGAUUGAAAAAGUCUUAGAUGAAGGACAGCCAUGCGAGCAAGCAGGGUUUCGAAAAGGAUUCAGCACGACUGACCACAUUCACACUGUUUCGAAACUCAUCGAGGUAUCAGGAGAGUACAAGAUGCCGCUCUAUCUCACCUUCAUCGACUUAAAGAAGGCCUUCGACUCGGUUGAGACGGAAGCGGUCGUGGAAGCCUUGGACAACCAGGGCGUCCCUCCUCAGUACAUAAUGGUACUCCGAGAGUUGUACAGUAACUUCACGACCGGAAUUUCGCCAUUCUACAAGAACAUCAUCAUUGACGUGAAGAGGGGGGUCCGACAGGGUGAUACAAUUUCACCCAAAAUAUUCACAGCCACCCUCGAGAACGCAAUGCGAAAGUUGGAAUGGGACGACAUGGGAGUGAAGGUUGAUGGUCGGCAGCUACACCAUUUGCGCUUUGCUGAUGACAUCGUACUGGUAACACCUAGCAUCAGCCAAGCGGAACGAAUGCUGACCGAAUUCGACGAAACAUGUGGAUGCAUCGGUCUUCAGCUGAAUCUACAAAAGACGAUGUUCAUGCGGAACGGAUGGGUCUCGGAUGCCCCAUUCACGCUCAACGGAACGAACAUAUCCGAAUGCACCAGCUACGUUUAUCUGGGUCGGGAAUUGAACAUGAUGAACGACCUGACCCCCGAACUGGGCAGGAGGAGAGGAGCAUUUUGGGGAGCAUAUAAGAGCAUCGAGGAUGUAGUGAAGAAGACCAGGAACACCCGACUCCGUGCUCACCUCUUUAACACCACCGUACUUACUGCUUUGACCUAUGCUUCAGAAACCUGGGCAUUUCGCAAGCAGGAAGAAAACGCGGUGAGCGUCAUUGAACGCACAAUUGAGAGAGUGAUGCUAGGAGUAUCCCGUUUCACGCAAGUGAGGGACGGGAUUCGAAGUUCUCUCCUACGUCAGCCAUCGAAGAUUAGAGACGCCGCCGCGUUUGCCAAGGAAAGUAAAAUAAGGUGGGCCGGACACGUGAUGCGCUUUGAUGACAACCGUUGGACCAGAGCCGUAAGCGACUGGGUUCCUCGCGAUAUGAAGCGCACUACAGGAAGACCCGAUGGUCAGAUUUCUUCACGAAGUCCUUGA